GAAACCAAACAAGAUUUCUUCAAAAUAUGAGGACAUCAUUUCAAAAAGUAUAGUGAUCUCCUCAGGAUCUCCUGUUGUCUAUCAGAUGACACCAGAGACAGAAAUUAAUGGAACUCUGAGAAGAAUAACCAUUGGUAAAAAACAUCCGUUGAAGACCAACAAAACUGUCUUACUUGUGGGUGAAACAGGAACAGGAAAGUCUACUAUGAUCAACGCCCUGGUCAACUAUGCAAUGGGAGUGAAGUGGGAGGACAAAGUCUGGUUUAAGAUUGUUCAGGACGAGAAAAGAAGUCAAGUUCAUAGUCAGACAUCAGAUGUAACCGUGUAUGAGAUCUUUGGCUUUGAAGGUGAAGCUCUGGACUUCUCUCUGACCAUCAUCGAUACUCCUGGCUACGGAGACACCAGAGGGAAAGCACAUGAUGCUGUAGUCAGGCAGAAAUUAUUCGACUUGUUCCGUUCAGAUGAUGGAGUUCAAGAGAUCAAUGCAGUGGGUCUGGUGCUGAAAGCAACAGAGAAUCGAGUGCACGACCGACUGAUACGCAUCUUUGAUUCAGUGGUGUCUUUAUUUGGAAAAGACAUUGAGGAGAACAUCGUAGCUCUCAUGACACACUCAGACGGAAUGCCACCUAAAAAUGCUCUACAAGCCAUUUUAGCUGCAAAUAUGAAAUGUGCCAAAAAUGAGAAGAAGCAGCCUGUUCACUUCCUGUUCAAUAACUGUCAGAGAGAAGAGAGAAAUGAGGACACAGAAGUACCUUUAGAAAACGCAUUGCGACAAACAAUGAGGGGAAUGCAAAGAUUUUCACAGUUCCUUGGAGAAGCUCAACCGAAAAAGCUGAAAGCAACUGUUGAGGUUAUGAAAUUACGCAUUCAACUGACAGCCUCCAUCCACAACCUGCAAGAAAGAAUCAAGUCAAUUGAAAAGUCGCAGGUGGUGAUCAAAAACACUCAGAAAGAACUAAAGAAACACCAGAGUGAGCUGGAAAAUGAUGCAAACUUUACCAUAGACACCGAGGAGGAAUACAGAGAGCUUCAACAUUAUGGAGGUGGGUGGUCUUUCAGUUGGUUGACUGUUUGUAAGUUUGAUGGAGUUACCCGCUGUACAGACUGCAGAGAGAACUGUCACUACCCAGGAUGCACAAUUGCCUGGGAUGCCUCAUUAUGUGAAGUCAUGAGUGAUGGCUGCUGCACUGUAUGUUCCGGGAGGUGCUCUGUUUCUAAACAUGUUAAAGAUGAUUCCAGGUAUGUAAGCAAGUCGAGGACAGUUAAAAAGACCCUGCAAGAUAUUAAAGAGAAAUAUGAAGCAAAAGUCGGGGAUUUGUCGAGUCUGUUGAGAGUUCUUCAGAAAAGGAAAGAAGAAGCUGAAGCAGAGAAGACACGGUGUCUGGAACAGGCCUACCAGAAUGUCAUCAAACUGGAUCAGAUUGCUCUGAGUGUUCAGACGAUGUCAACUCAAGCUUACCUGGGAGUCCUGAUUGAGAAGAUGAAGGAGAAAGGAGACACAGAGAAAGUCCGUAAACUGGAAAACAUCGCAAGUAAAAUGGAUGAAGGAACCAAGAAUCUACUCAGUGGUGUUUUUGAUAACCAGUAAGAUUCUGACCAAAGAACUGGUCCAUGAUGCUUCAAUGGUAAACAAAUGGAACAAGCCAACAAAUUCACAUUAUAUAUAAAUAUUGAUGAAAACAAUUACGAUUAAGAUGAUCAAAUAUACGAGAAGAAUGUGGAUCCAAGAAAGGUUGAAGAACUUUGAAGAGCUUCCAUCCGGUCUGAAGUUCAUUUACUGGAUUUAUCACAUUAAUUACCUUGAAAGCUUUUUGCAAGUCUGAACAGCUGUUGUUUUGAACGGUUCAUGAAGAAUGUAGACAGUUUAUAGGAGCUACAGUAUCUCUGCCUAGUCUCUAUAGCUACAAACUGCUGGACUUUAAUAUAAAACACCACCAUUCAUAAAUCAACAAUCAAGGAAAUGAUUCAUUAUAGAACAUAUUCGUUGUUAAGCCAGCCUGAGCCCCAUUUCACCUGAACCGGACUUUAUCCAGGAGCAACCUUCAGUCCAAGCUGGGCCAGCAUGGCUCCAAGCUGGGUCUCUUCCUCUCCUCUUGGGGCUGAUCUGGUUGGUUGGAUCGUCUCAAAAUCCCCUGCUCUUUAAUCCGAACCCCAACGCUUCCUUUUUCUAAUGAUUUCAGUGAUGUUUUUAGCCCAAAAAGGUGCAUCUACACUCGCAGCUUUUGCUAUAGCAACAUAAGUAUAGCUUGUUUGCAGUCAGAUGAAAUUAAAAUGGAGGACAGGACUUAAACCAUAUUAGAGAGAAACUCACAACAUAGGUUGACUCUGAUGAAACUCUGAAGAGGAAACUGAAUUCAAAGACUCAACAACACAAACCUCCUGGGGAUCCUGAUGGGACAUAAUCCCUGAUCUGGACUGUCUGGGGUCUCCUCCUCCAGGAGGUUGCCCAGUCUCUCUGCAGUGGACUGAUGGUAUUGAUCAGUUGAGGAGGUAAUCACAUACUAUUGAUUAUAGUUAUUGAUUAUAUAUGUGUGUAAUGUCACAGAUCAGGUUAAUCUGAAGAAUAAUGUCCACGUUCUGUUUUUGUUGUUGUUAAUAGUGAUCAAUAAACCUGACACUGAUCACUGACUGUCAGCCUGCUGAUCACUCACAUGUUCUCACACACACCUCCAACAUGUGAUAUUAUUAUUAUUGUUGUUGUUGUUGAUUGAAGUCAGAUUUAUGUUUAUUAAGGAGGAUCAGUCAGAUUCAUUCAGAUCUUUAACCAUCUGUGGAAACAUUUAAAGUGAACUGUAGAAAUCUUCUGCUAAAGUUAAGAAAAUGACAUAAAGUGUUUAUAUAUUGUGUUUAUAAGGAUAUACAGUAUAUGUGACCAGCCAUGAGAAAACCAGCAACAAGUCUCCCGGAGAG